AUGGGCUCCAAAUCAACCUACCAACUCUCUGAUCAAUGGCUUGGAAAACCAAGACCUGUUCGUGUCGUUGUCAUCGGUGCCGGUAUCGGUGGUAUUGCAGCUGUGAAGCUGUUUCGCGAACGGUUUAAGGACCGGCCGACAACCCUCGUCAUUUAUGAAAAGAAUCAUGACGUCGGUGGUACUUGGCUAGAAAAUCGUUACCCAGGCUGCUCAUGUGAUAUUCCGGCUCACGGGUAUACAUAUUCGUGGGAAGGAAAUCCCUCUUGGUCGAAGCCUUACGUUGGAGCUGAAGAGCUCUUUGAUUACUUUAAAAGCCGGGCUCAGGCGUAUGGAGUUUUUGACCAUGUUCACCUAAAUCACCGUGUCAUUGAGGCAAAGUGGAACGGCCUCAAGGGACAGUGGUCACUUCAAAUUGAAGAUAUUACAAAUUCAACAAUUAUUAGCGAUGAGUGCGACGUGCUGAUUAAUGCUGGGGGGUUCCUCAAUAAAUGGAAGUGGCCAAAUAUCGACGGCAUCGACACCUACAAAGGCUUCUUAGUCCAUUCUGCGGCCUGGAAUCCCGAUUAUUCCUUCGAAGGAAAGACAGUCGGCAUCAUUGGCUCUGGUUCCUCAGCCAUCCAGAUUGUCCCGAACAUUCAAAAGCUCAAGACGAUGGUCUCCUUUAAUCGAUCACCGACAUGGAUAACUCCAGAAUUCGCGGCAGAAUUUGCUCCCGAGGGUCGAGCUUCCCUAUUCACGGAAGAACAAAAGGCGCAGUGGGCUAGAAGCCCGAACGAAUUUCUGAAAUUUCGUAAAGAGAUUGAAAAUUCGGGCAAUAAAUUCUUCAGUCUCCAAUUUAAAAACUCUGCGCUACAAGAAGAGCUAUUUGAGACUUCACGUGCAGUAAUGGAAAAGAGGCUGGGAGGUAAAAAGGAACUAGCAUCAAUGAUGAUUCCCUCUUUCGCAGUAGGGUGUAGAAGGAUGACACCCGGUUUUGGAUACCUAGAGGCUCUUGCUUCUGAUAAUGCCACUGUCAGAAGCGAUCCAAUCUCUCGCAUCACACCCAGCGGUAUAAAAAUGGCUGACGGCACUCAAUUUGCCCUGGAUGCUAUCAUCUGCGCUACGGGAUUUGACAACUCUUAUCGCCCAGCAUUUCCAGUCAUCGGAGAAAAUGGAAAGGAUCUUCGUGAAGAAUGGAGAGAUGAACCGCGCUCAUACUUGUCCGUGGCUGUAGCAGGCUAUCCGAACUACAUCAUGGCUACGGGGCCUAAUUUCCCUCUUGCGAAUGGAUCUCUCAUCGCUUGUUUAGAACAGACUCUGCGAUAUGCUUUCGAUGUUGUCGAGAAGAUCCAGACUCAGGGAGUCAAAUGCUUGUCACCGACCCCCGAAGCAGUAGCAGAAUUUCAGGAGCAUAAGGAUGCCAUGAUGGAGGAACUCGUAUGGACCUCAUCUUGUCGCUCUUGGUAUAAGAACGGUACCAUCAAUGGUAAGGUCUGGGGCCCGUACUGCGGAUCAGUCCCUCAUUUCAUAGAGCUUUUGAGUCAGCCACGUUGGGAGGAUUUCAAAAUACAGUAUGAAAGCCAGAACAGGUUCCAGUAUCUUGGUAUGGGAAAGACGGUUCGGGAGGUUACGGGGGGGGAUUUGUCAUGGUAUGUUACGGAGCCUGGAGCGAAUCAGGAUAACCAAGCAGGCGGUUGA